GGGCUGAACCCCCCGUUCCCCCCCAGGAUCAUCCGGGGGCUGAUGCAGCACGUCAAGCGUCUCUACGGGAUCCGCAUGGUGGUGAGGGGCACCCACAACUUCCCCCCGCGGCAGCCCUACGUGGUGGUCAGCAACCACCAGAGCUCGCUGGACCUGCUGGGGAUGAUGGAGGUGCUCCCGGACCGCUGCGUGCCCAUCGCCAAGCGCGAGCUGCUGUACAUGGGCGCCGUGGGCGUGGUCUGCUGGCUCGGGGGCAUCAUCUUCAUCGACCGCAAGCGCACCCACGACGCCAUCAGCGUCAUGGCCGAGGCUGCGCACACCAUGCUGAGCCAGGACGUGCGGGUGUGGGUGUUCCCCGAGGGGACGCGCAACCACAGCGGCUCCAUGCUGCCCUUCAAGCGCGGCGCCUUCCACCUGGCGGUGCAGGCACAGGUGCGGCGGCGGGGCAGGUGUGGGGUGGUUAUGGGGCAGUUACGGGGUGGUUAUAGGGUGUUUAUGGGGUGGUUGUGGGGCCGCUGCCUGAUCCAGGUGCUGCCCCCCCUGCCCACCCUGGGCCUGUGUCCGGCCGACGUUCCCGCGCUGACCGAGCGCGUCCGCGCCGCCAUGCUGAGCGCCUUCCAGCGGCUCUCGGCCGAGCUGCAGGGUGACCGCCCGAGUGACCAACAGAGUGACCGCCCGAGUGACCGCGGGGACGGCCACAGUGACCAGCAGAGUGACCCCAAGGACACCCAGAGUGACCACAAGGACGCCCAGAGUGACCACAGGAGCGACUGGAGGAGUGACCGCAGGGACACCCCGUCGGCCAAGCUGCAGAGUGACCGAGGGAAUGACCGACAGAGUGACCAGCAGAGCGAGCACAGGGAUGGCCUGAGUGACCCCAAGGACAGCCAGAGUGACCACAGGGACAACUUGAAUGACUACAGGAGUGACCGCAGGGACACCCAGAGCGACCGCGUGAGUGACCACCAGAGCGACCGCCAGCGUCCAGCAGUGACCAAGAGUGACCCCCAGCACCCCACGGCCACCCAGAGUGACCCCCAGAGCUCCCCAGACCCCUGGAGUGACCCCCAGUGUGCAACGGUGACCAAGAGUGACCACGAGGAUGGCCAGAGUGACCCCCAGAGUGACCCCCAGAGUGACCCCCAGAGCCCGCAGUGACCCCCGGCCCUGCGGCCCCACGGAGGAGCCGGCAGUGGGGCAGGGACUGACCCCCGAGUGGGGACAGAGUGACCCCAAGUGGGGACGAACUGAGGCCAAAGUGGGGCAGAGACUGACCCACGGCAGGACGUGGGGCUGACCCCCAGGUGGGACCCGGAGUGACCCCCAAGCGAGGCCUGGACUGACCGGAAGUAAGUCCUGGACUGACCCCUCAGCGGAGCCACAAGUGACCCCCAAGUGAGGCCUGGACUGGUGUGGGGCUGACCCCCAGGCUGGACACGGUGUGAGCCCCAAGUGGGGCGCGGAGUGACCCCAGAGUGACCCCUGAGUGG